AUGACGCCUGAACAACGAGAGAACCUUAGCCCAGAUUCAAAGGAUUGGUCCGAUCGUGUCGUUGAAUCCAAGAUCCAAGUAAUUGGAUGGUCAUUAUAUGUGGCUGUCCUUUGGCUCGUCAAGUUCGCCCUAACUGUCUUCUACUCUCGAUUGACAACUGGUCUUCAACACCUCCCUGCCCGAAUUCGGCUCGCGUAUAUUAUCUUAGCUGUGACAUAUAUCGCAACGGAGAUGUCUAUUCUCUUAUCAUGCCAACCCUUCCAUGGUUUCUGGCAGAUCUAUCCAGACCCCGGGAACCAUUGUCAGCCCGCUAUUUCUCGCGUAUAUGUCUUCGACGUUGUGAUCCUCAACGUCGUCUCAGAUAUUUAUCUCCUAUCAAUCCCAAUUCCCCUCCUUUGGCAGGUCAAGAUCGACCUGAAACGGAAAAUUCCCCUUAUGGCACUGUUCUCCGGCGCUGCAUUCGUCAUUGCAGCAGCAAUCAUUCGGGCCGUUAUGAUUACGACGUCUGGUCCCGAAGGAGCCGGAGCCGCUGCGAAAUGGGCUUGUCGCGAAAGUUUCGUCUCAGUGGUCGUAUCCAACUUGCCCAUCAUUCAACCCCUAAUCCGCAAGAGUUUCAAGAAGAUCGGUCUUUCUCAGCUCUUCAGCUCCUCUGGCAAGCCCUCAGGACAGUCAUAUCCUCUCUCCAGCCGUGGUCUACAAACCUUGACUAGUCGGGCAGAGCGCAGCACGAAAAAGAGCAAAAGCGGUGCAGGGCCGACGCAAACGCAGGUAUCUGCAUGGGGUAGUGAUGAGCAUAUUCUGACCGAGCCCGAGACUACGUCGAAGGACGUUACAGUUGUCUCAGAGACUAUCAUACGGAGUGAGCCUUGGGCUACAAAGGAGGGACAGGGUGCAGGUUAUGCGGAGACGUCACCGCAAGAAUGGGAGGGUCGAUUAUCGGGUCGAUGA